AUGGUAGCAGCAAAUAUGAGUGGCACAAUAAAAAGAAAACUAUUGGUGAUAGGAAAAUCCAAAAAGCCAAGAUGUUUUAAAGGUUGUAAAUCGUUGCUUGUAGAUUACACAAAUAAUCGUAGAGCUUGGAUGAGGUCACCAGUUUUCGAAAAGUGGAUACGAGACUGGGAUUACGAAUUAGUAAAGAAGAAUAAAAAAAUUCUUUUAUUAGUUGAUAACUGCCCAUCUCAUCCUCAAAUUAAAGAUUUAAAAUCUAUAUCCCUUGUCUUUCUGACAGCCAACACGACAGCUAUUCUUCAGCCGAUGGACCAGGGCGUGAUUCGUGCAUUGAAAGCGAAUUUCAGAAAAAAUCUUUUGAUUAAUACGAUUGAUCAUCUGCAUGCUGAUAAAGACCUUUCUUCCGUGAAUAUAACGGUGUUGGAUGCAAUACUGAUGGUUUAUGAUGCUUGGAACAAAAUUUCACAAGAAACGGUUUCAAAUUGCUUCAGACACGCAGGAUUUAUUGAUUCAUUUUCUAGGGAUGUUGCUUGCAGUCAAAUAAAUGUUGAAGACGACGUACCAGUAGCUUUGUGGGUUAAAACUUUGAAUCUUCAGUUACAAGUUUCAGAUGAAAUGUGA